GGUUGAUUUGGUUUGCUUGCUUGCUGGCGUCUUGUUUUGUCCUUGGCCUAGCAGCUAGCUCUUCCUGCUCCUCCCUCGUCCAUCUCCACGUCUCCAACUCGCCCAUUCUCCAGGAGCAGACGCUGUGCUGAAGCUUGCCUCUCCUUGCGCCCAGGUCCCUCUUGCUUAGCAUCUCCUUUUGUCGUCGCCGUCACCACCUGCAGCACCAUCAGGCAGUCCCGCUUGUUUCUCCCCCUGGGCUAGGACGGUUUAUGGAAAUGUGCCCAAGCCGCUCGCGGUAGGACGACUCGACUUUGUAAUUUCGCGACGAGGGCGGGCGACGUCCGACACACUCAUUCCCUGGACGGCCGCUCGAUCGUCAUUUCUGCGCAUCCAUCCACAUCCCUGUAGUCUCUGCAACCCUCUUUGUUGCUGCAGUGCGACGUGGUGAAGAAGACCGGCCCCUCAAAGCCCACCACGUCUUGGCAUCCGACCACUCGCUCCCUCCACGACCAUGCUGUCUCGAGGCAGCCUUCGCGGCGCGCCAGCUCUAUUGCUGCCACUGGCCUUCAUGUCGACUCUCUGGCAACACGUCCACGGCCUGAGCCAGACCUACUGCUCCAGUUCAAACACCGGUUCCGACUAUGACGCUGUAACCAACAUCUACCAGUCCAACGGCGCCUGCCAGCAGGAAUGUGCUGCCAGCUACGCCUUCGCCAUUGUUCAGUACCAACAAUGCUGGUGCUCAAACUACGCCCCUGCCGAUCAGCUCGACGUCUCCGAGUGCAGUCAGCCUUGCCCCGGCUAUCCCGAUGAGAGCUGCGGUGACAAGGACAACGGCCUCUAUGGAUACAUCAAGCUCAACCUCAGCCCUUCGGGCACCCAGGGCUCUGCCUCGAGUAGCUCCGCCACCAGUAGUGCCGCUCCAUCCUCCACUGAGCAAUCGACACCAACCUCAUCAUCCUCUCCCUCCUCCGCACCGGCCUCUUCUUCCGUACAGAGCGAUACCACAGUCUUGACCUCUGUUUCUGUCACCGUCACCGUCAAGCAAAGUGCUUCGGUUGUUGUAUCCUACGUUACACCUUCCUCCUCGAGUCAACCUUCAACUACCUCCACCUCAUCCACACCAACAUCUGCCCCUUCUACCACGUCGACGUCAUUUUCCAUCACGUCUACGCAAGGAGCAGGUGUGACAAGCAGUCCUUCUUCUACUGCUGACACCAGCUCGCUCUCACAUACCACCUUCAUCAGCACCCGCGUGGUCACAGUGUCCGGAGGCCCCGUCACUCAAACCGUCACGAGUACCGCUGUCGUGACUCCUGGCGCCGGCUCUCUACGCGAUGCGGAACAAAAAGGCGUCUCUGGAGGGACUGUGGCAGGUGCUGUCGUUGGAUCUGUUGCCGGUGUUGCGCUUCUCCUGGCAGGUGCCUUCUUCCUUUGGCGAAGAAACCGCUCAGAGACAUCCGAUCCUGAAUCUCCACGGUCAGGCUCGGGUUCUGGAUCUGCAAGAAGAAGAAUGGAACGCAACACCAGUGUUCUCAGCAAGACAGGUCUGCUUUCCUCUGCAGGCAACGCUGUCGAUAUGGAAAAAUUCCAUGACGACUCUGCGGCUUUCGGCGCUGCAGGUCAUAGGUACAAUAAUAGCGAGUCGACUGCACCAAUACCCACCAGCCCCGAUGGGGACACCCGCCGCAACAGCCGUCCGCUUGUUUACGAUCAGCGACUUAAUCCUGCUGCCUUGAUGGAAAACUGGGAACGCAACGGCAGCCGAGCGAGCAUUGGCACAAUGCAAGAUCAACGAGAUUAUUCUCGUCCCUUGGGUGUCACCAAUCCUGACCCAGUCGACGAUUAGUGGAUAUGCCCAUACCGCCACCUGUUGCCAUCCUUCUUCCACCUCACGCGACCACGAACCAUUCGUGCACUUUCCCUCACAACAAUUUUCCUUUAUUCUAUUCACAUACUACAGAUUCCAUUCUUUGUUUGUUUCUGGUUCAACUAGCGGGCGUUUGGGUGGACCGCCCACUGAUUUCAUACUUUCCUCGCACUGGCCAUGAGCUAUCAAUAUAGAAAGAGUAACUCGAAUGACCGGUUCGAGGGUCUCGCUGAUUUCCACGACAUGCCCUCGUGUCUGUCGACCUUUGUAUUUGUACAUAGAACUAUGCCUAUCAGCAAACGAGUAACAAAAAGCAAUACGGAUCACUGAUUAAUUCCAUCUUCUGCUU